GGAGGUAAAAGAGGAGGAGUCAAUGCUUUCAUAGACUCGCGAUGCCAUGACUCCAAAAUCACAUCGUUGUCACGCCCUUUGACUUCCUCUCACUUUUCUCAUCCUUCCAUCUUUUAUCUGUCCGUCUCUCCUCCCUCCUUGGUCAAGAGGAGGAAGGUCAAUUCAUCCCCUUAUACAUAGUGCUUGUACACAAAUCAUUACUAAUCUCUUACAGAAGACUCCUCAUCGGCUCUUCCCAUGGUAAAGCCGUCAUUUGAUAGGCUGUCCUCAGGCCAGGCCCUGCCCCCUGGCUUCCCUGCUCCGUUCCUAUUCGCUGACGGCAUUUCCUCUGUUGAGACUCUACUCACCAACAUACAGGGCCUUCUGAAGGUGGCUGUAGAGAAUACCCGUGUCCAGGACACUCAGAUCCAGGCUGAGAAGAGAGAACUGAAGAUGGAGCUGUACCGAGAGAGAGAGAUGAGAGAGAGUCUGGAGAGGCAACUCACCACCGAACUACAGAGCAGAGCCUCUAUCCAGAAGCGCUUGAAGAAAGAGAAAAGAUUGAAGAGGAAACUACAGGAAGUGUUGUCGUUUGAGUCCAAGAGGAGGGAGAGAGUUGAGGAUGCUCUCAAACACUGUUCCUCUCUCUCUCCUCCCAGCUGCAGCAACGAUAUUGAGGAACCAGAAGAGGAACCUGAACUGAAUGGUAACCAGCAUGACAAUCCUACAGUCCAAGAAUCCUGUUCGUUCCUGAAGACCCCGCUACCGUUCUAAUUACAUCGCUGCGAGCUCAUCACGGAACACCCGGCCUGUUGCCACGACAGCCUGGAAAGGGAACAACUCUCCUGUUUGGAUUGACUGAAAGGAGAGGGGAGGGACGUUUAAAAGAAAUGAACUGAUUAACUAAAAAGGUGGUCAGACUGCGUCAGAAUGUUCCGUCGUUAGUUCAUUCUGUCGUUUAUUCAUCCCUCUGUAUUUGGACUGAUGGAAAUACCUUUUAUGUUCUUAUCUCUCUCUCUCUCUCUCUCUCUCUCUCUCUCUCUCUCUCUCUCUGUCUCUCUCUCAUUCUGUCUCUCUCUCUCUUUCCAUCUCU